CGGUAGUAUUAUUAAAAUUUAUAAUGCUUAUGAAACAAAACAAAGAAAACGCAUAAAAUACUUCAAAGCUAUUAUAGUAGAUAGGCAACUACAAAAGUGAAUAGAUGGAUCAUUCAAGUCGACGGUUGGAUUAAAACUGAUGCUCCUGUACUGUAUAUAAAUUUUCCGAUCAAUAAAAAACAAUUUAUAAUAAUAAUUGGACAAUAAACAUAAUCUAGUAUAAUACUUUGCAAAACUUCAACUCACAUAAAAGUUUACGUAAAUUUACUUAUAAUUUCAAACGCAUAAAAUAAUUUGAUUGUAAACUUUUAUAACGUUUCGAAGAAAAACAAAUCAUCGAACAUUAUCAGAGCUUGUGUAUUUUGAGUUACAUUUGAUCGACUUCUUUGUCUUUGAAAUAUGGCUAAAAACGGAAUAUCAGAUUACAGAGCGUUUCAUGAUCUUACUAAAAUAUUAUUAACAGUCGGUGGACUAUGGCCGUACAGUAAUUCAAAUAUGUUAUAUCGGCUUUUAUCAUACGUACAGGGGUUUUUAAGUCUGGGAAUGACAUUAGUUGUGUUUGGCUUUGUAUUAGAAAAUUUUUCUAACGUUGCUCUUGUUACACGGGGCUUAAGUGUCAUGACAAGUUUUACCUCAGCCAUACUGAAGGUGGUGUGUUUUAUAAUAAAACAUAAAGAUAUGGAGGAACUGCACAAAAAUUUGGAUCCGUAUUUUGAGAAAUUGUUGAAAAAUGAAAAAAAUUUGAAGCAUAUUUUAAAAAAAGUAAACAUCUUCAGAUUGCUAUCAGGGGUUCUAACUCUCACGGUCUUUGCAGUUAUCGCAUUUCAAAUUAUCGCUCCACUGAUCUUCAUAAUCAAUUGCAAGGUUCAUCAUGUUAAAAUAAAGAAAUAUCCGCUGAUAUACCCCGGAAAUUAUCCGUGGAAUAUUAACGCGAGUGGAUUUUUGUACUUAGCCCAUUUUACACUAGAAACAUGUGGGACAUUUGCAUUAUUUUUUGUAACAACGAGCGUCGAUUCGUUAUUUACGCUUUAUAGUUUCCAAAUAAUUGGCCAACUUAGGGAAAUGUCUUAUUGCAUCACGCAUAUUGACAGCGACGACGAUAGUGGAAAAUACAUUCUUCACAGGUGUAUAAUCCAGUAUCAAAAAUUGAUCAAAUGUGUCAAUCUUAUGGAAGCUAUUUACGGUCCCGUUGUACUUUGGAUUAUGGGCACAAAUGCUAUUGUACUUUGUGCUUUAUUAUUUCAGAUAUCAAAGAUGAAAACUAUAACAAUUAUUCAAGGCAUUAUGUUUACGUUAUAUGUAAUAUUAAAAUUAUUGCAAACGUUUAUGUACGCAUGGUGUGGUUCUUGUUUGACAGAAGAGAGUGAAAAUUACAAGGAUGCUGUUUAUUCUGCUAACUGGCAGGGGAAAAAACAUUUAAUGAGUUCAGUAGUAAUAAUAAUUACACAGAAGCCGUUGGCUAUCACAAUUUUCAAUUCUUCAACUCUUUCUGUUACUAAUUGUGUAACGAUUGUUGAUAAAGCAAUUUCAUAUUAUAUUUUGUUACAAUCACUUAAUAACAAAGAAUUAAAGUCUUGAAAUGACGUUGAGCAAUUGAUGAAUUGAAAAAUUGCAGGAAAAAAAUUUUGUUCAUUGAUUAUUUUUACCAAGACGGAGCCGAAAAUUGUACGGGAAGUAUUUCAUUAAAAAUGUUAAUAAUAUUAUUCGAUAAUUAUAAAGUCCAUACUGUAUUGUUUCAUUAUAUGACAAUUUAUUUCAAAAAUGUCAAAUUAAAUACAAUAUUAAAAUCC